GAGUAGAGGGCGCUGCGAGACUGAGUUUCUACCCCCCAGCUUUCCCUCCGGAGCGAUCACCCCGACGUAACAAUGGUUCGGAGCAUCAAAAACCUCAAGAAAGUCAAGAGAAAAAGCAAGGGUUCGAGGAAUGGGGCUGGAGCGUCUUCUUCAUCGGUACCUUCAAUGCCCGCAAAGGUCUGGCAACCGGGAGUGGAUAAGUUGGACGAAGGAGAGGAACUUCAAUGUGACCCCUCUGCAUACAACUCUCUCCAUGCCUUCCACAUUGGUUGGCCCUGUUUGAGCUUCGAUAUUGUUCGUGACUCGUUAGGCUUGGUGAGGACAGAGUUUCCACACACUGUUUAUCUUGUCGCAGGGACUCAGGCUGAGAAAGCUUCAUGGAAUUCCAUUGGAAUAUUUAAGAUAUCUAAUGUGUCUGGAAAGAGACGUGAACUAUUGCCCAAUAAACCAGAGACUGAUGAUGCUGACAUGGACAGUGAUAGCAGUGACAGUGAUGAGGACAGUGAAGAUGAGGAGGAUGGUGGAUCUAAGGCACCAAUUUUGCAGCUGCGUAAGGUAGCUCAUGAAGGAUGCAUAAAUCGUAUACGUGCCAUGCAGCAAAAUCCUCAUAUAUGUGCAUCUUGGUCUGAUAGUGGCCACGUUCAGAUUUGGGACUUCAGUUCGCAUCUCAAUACUUUAGCCGAAUCAGAAGCUGAAGUUAGCCAGGGAGAAUCUUCAGUUUUUAAUCAGGCUCCACUAAUGAAGUUCAAGCACAAGGAUGAAGGUUAUGCUAUAGACUGGAGUCCACUUGUUCCUGGAAGGCUUCUGUCUGGGGACUGUAAAAAUUUUAUUCAUUUGUGGGAGCCUUCGUCUGGCACUUCAUGGAACGUCGAUGCUGCUCCAUUUGUUGGACAUUCUGCAAGCGUUGAAGAUCUGCAGUGGAGUCCUACAGAACCUCAUGUAUUUGCCUCCUCUUCUGUGGAUGGGAAUAUUGCAAUAUGGGAUGUCCGUUCAGGGAAGUCUCCUGCCGCCUAUUUUAAGGCACACAAUGCAGAUGUGAAUGUUAUUUCUUGGAACAGGCUUGCUAGCUGCAUGUUGGCAUCAGGCUGUGAUGAUGGAACGUUUUCUAUUCGUGAUCUCCGAUUGCUUAAGGAAGGUGAUUCUGUAGUAGCGCAUUUUGAAUACCAUAAACAUCCCAUCACGUCCAUAGAAUGGAGUCCACAUGAAGCCUCCACACUGGCAGUGUCAUCUUCCGACAACCAAUUGACAAUAUGGGACCUCUCUUUAGAAAAGGAUGAGGAAGAAGAAGCUGAGUUCAAAGCAAAAACCAAAGAACAAGUAAAUGCACCUGAAGAUUUACCUCCACAACUUCUAUUUGUUCAUCAGGGGCAAAAGGACUUGAAGGAAUUACAUUGGCAUGCUCAGAUUCCAGGGAUGGUUGUGUCUACUGCUGCAGAUGGUUUCAAUAUCCUCAUGCCUUCAAACAUUCAAACUACUCUUCCUUCUGAUGUUGCUGCUUGAAAGUCGAGAUGAACGUCCGUUUGUUUCUUUACUACUGGAGCUGUGAGGUUGACUGUUCAUGUUUUACCUAAAUUUUGCCCCCACAUUAUAGGAGUGCCAAACUUUUUUUUCUCUUUUUUUCUUGUUAAGGAAAGUAAGUAUGAUGUGUAUUAUAUUUACAAUUAAGGUUGAAUGGAAUUUUGUGUUCAAAUAAGUA